UUUUUGUGGUGCACGAUGUGCCGCCUCCUCAACAUCUUGCUGGCACUGCUCAGUCGCUUCCUGUUUGCCGUCCAUGGGGUGGUGACGGUGUGGCGGGUGGUGGCGAUUAAAGGGGACCCGCUCUACUGGCUGCUGCUGACGGGUGUGGCUCUGCUGGGCGUGGAAAUGGCUGUGACCCUGAAAUGCACCCGUAAUGCCGAAUGGAAAUGGUUCUCCCCCAUGGUUUUCCUGUACCUCAGUACUGUCAUCCCAUCCAUUUGGUUUCUGGAGCUGAGCCUGUUACAGUCCAAGCUACCCCUCAACAAUUCCUCCAGCCACGAGCUCCGUUUGCUGGCCUACAUCCCGAUCACAGCGGGCAUCACGGAUCUGGACCCGGAGAACUGGGUGGCUGGGCUGGAGCAGACGAUGCUCAUUGCGUUGGUUCUGGGUCGCUGGCUUAUGCCCAAAGGCGACAUGUCCCGUGAUCAGCUAUCACAGCUCCUCAUGGUCAAUGUGGGACUGGGCGCGGACAUCCUUGACAUUUUUGACACUUUCAAGGAGCCCGAAGUCAAAACCAACCAGGUAGUGGUCAUAACUGGGUUAGCCCUCUUCUCGUGGGCUCUUAUGCAGUUUCCUCUGGUCCUCACCCAGACUCAGCCCCAGCAUCCAGAGCUUCCUAAGAGGAGCGGGGGGGCUCUCUCCUGCUGUCCCAAAGCUCCACCUUCCUUCUCCACCUGCUGCUCAAAUGAAGUGUGGAGCUUGUUGCUCACAGUAGGUCUCCAAGACGGGCCGUUCCUGCUGUACCGUCUUUACCUCAUGCUCCAAGAGCAAGUGCUGAACCAGCUCAUGAUUUUCUUCACUUGCAAGAACAUCCUCAUCGUCCUUUUGGAGCUCUACAGAAUCUUCGUGGUGCAAUGUGAGCAAAAGGUUCGGGAGUCGGUGUUUGAGAAGUGUGAUGCUCUGCUGCCCUACUGCCAAACCCAGGGAGGCAGAAAGGAGAAGGAGGAGGAGGAGGAGAAGGAAGAGGAGGAGGAGGAGGAGGAAGGUGGUAAAGAGGCACAGCAGAGCUGUCAUAUAGACAUGGAGAGGGCAACCUACAGGGAGGAAGAUCAGAAACGUGCCCAGGUAAAAAAAAAGAUUGCAAAUGUCGUGAGGCAUGACUGUGGCCCUCGAGGGACGGAAUAG